GCAUUAGUGUCAAUCAAUCAUGAAAAUGAAUCAAAGGAAUCAAUAUUUUGGAAAUUCAUGAGUAGUUCAUAGGGUGUUCAAGAGUGUUUUUCCAUUGUUUGAUAAUGUUUUAGUUAAGGUUGCAAAAUUACAUUAUUAUCAUUUGUAAACUAUAACAGCUUUGUGUCGCCGAAAUGAUGCGUUGUUUUGUUUUAAUUUUACUAUGAGAUAAAUCUUUUUUCUGAGUACCUAAUGAGAUGAGACCCAAAAGUUGGGAAGCAAAAAUAUCAAUAUCGUUCUAGAAUGCACAUAAUUAAUGAGCAUGGUGUAAGUAUAUUACAGUAAUGAGUUUAUUUUAACAGCAAUCAAUAUUGAAACAUGAAAACAGCGCUUUAGGAACGCUGUAAAGUAUACCUAUUCAAGUAAAGAUUUUGGCCUGACCAUGGAGGAGUUUGAAGCUUGGGAGGAUUUAUCUAACAUACCAGCUGAUCCACCGGAGAUGCGAGAACUUUGUGACAAUUGCGGGAGACCUGCUGUAGUGUGCUGGUGUUCAGCACUGCCACCUCAAAGACUAAACCCUAGAAGCAACAUCAUCUUGUUACAACAUCCAGCUGAAGAAAAACGUUGCCUCCGUACUGCCCCCAUGUUACAACUUGGUCUAGCUGAAAAUAAGUGCCUUAUAUUCAAAGGGAAAAGAUUCCCCCAACCUAGACAUGUAAACCUAGAAAACAUAUUAAUCCAGCCUAGCACUAUUCUAUUAUAUCCUAGUAAAACAGCCAUUGACAUAAAAGAGCUUGAAAGUGAAUUUACAUCAUAUAAUCUCAUUUUAAUUGAUGGAACGUGGCCACAGGCUAAAGCGAUAUACUCAUCAAGCCCUAUUCUACAUAAAUUAAAACAAGUAAAACUCAUUACAACUAGUACAAGCAACUAUAUUAUAAGAACUCAACCAACAGAGGGAUGUUUGAGUACAUUAGAAACAGCUGCAGAAGCUUUAUCGCAACUCGAAUGUGAUCCUAUUUAUAGAGACCAAUUGAUUGAACCCUUACAUAUGCUUUGUAAAUUCCAGCUAGAUAAUGGGGCAGUUACACAUCAAUCAAAAGAAUUUUUACUAAAAACAAAAACAUAUCCAAAAUUAAUUGGAAAAAGGUUGUCCAAGUUAUUAAAAAAUACAAAUGAAUAUAUUAUGGAUUAAGCUAUUCAAUUAAGUUUAUAAAUGUUUAUACCAAAUAGGUAAUUUAUAUAAUAAGAUUUUCUAUUAUUGUAGAAUAAUUAAUAACUGGUGAUGCAUAAAACUGUUUUAAUUUGUACUUACUUUACUACUGUACAAAAAUUAGUAACUUAGAAUCGAAUUAGAAUUUUAACGUGAUAAAGGGUGUGUUAUGAAGCGACUUGGAAAGUGGAAAUUAAACUAUAAAUACAA